AUGACUCUAGUCUCGAAUGAUCCCAGCUGGUGGCCAGUCAUCAAUGCGAGUCUUAUUAGCAGCUAUUUUAUAGUCGCCGCCUCUGUCGGAAUAAUGUACGAUUGGGGACUUGCGUUUGGAAAAGAGGUUGAACUGAUCUGGAGGCAACGCUGGUCCCUGAUGACUUUGCUCUAUCUCGGUGUGCGCUAUGCUGGAAUAGGAUUUGCUGCGAUGAACAUUUUGAAUGAUGUUCCAACAAUUUCGAUGACAGAUGCUGUGAGCCUUAUCAUGUACAGGGCACUUAAUUGGACAGGCGACGUUGUAAAUGUACUGCUGGGCGUCAUCAUGAUCGCUCGGUUACAUGCCAUGUAUCAGCGAUCCAGAAUGGUGCUGAUAUUUCUCGUUGUCGUCUUUGUGGCCAUCAGAAUAACCAACGUAGUGGUGGGAGCAAUAAUGACGAUGCAGAUUUUAGGGGAGGAAUUCGUUCUCUCCGGCACGUAUCAUUGCAUGUUUGACUUCACAGAAGAUUCCCUAUUUCUGGAGUCCAUAACUUGGAUACUUGGCACUGUAUGGGAGGCCCUGGCACUGUGUUUCGCAGUCUGGAUUGCUGUAAAGCACUUCCGUGAACUGCGACAACAUUCAACAAGUGGUAUUAUCGGGGACUGUUUCGCGGUGUUAAUGCAAACUCAUGUUAGUUAUUUUGCAAGUUUUUUGGUCGUCUCUUGCUUCCAGAUUGGCUUGUUCUCUCCGACGCUCUCAGCGGACACAAAUCCCCUGGAAACUCUGAUUUAUGUUGGUCUCGAUGAGAUAUUCCAGUCCGUGCAGUUGUUUGUGCUGGGACCACGCCUCAUCCUCGGUGUUCGCGAAUAUCAUGCUAAGCUCGUGGCCAACUCUGAUACAGCAACCGCUAUGACUUCGAUUGCUUUCGAGGAGCGCGUCCAAGUGUCAACUAGCAAUAAGACUCGCCCUGACGCUGAGGUUCACGCACUCGAUCUCAGUAGUGCUGCCAAGAUUGUAGCGGCUGGUGGAAAUCCGUUCGCUCCUGAUGCCAUCGCUGAAAAAUCAUCUGCUGUUUCCAGGACCUCAGAGAAGUACUCGACCACUUGA